UUGUUUAUCUUUUUUUUUGUUUUCUGUUCAAAUAAAAGUGUCGCGAAUUUUUGAACCUCUUAUAAAUAUUAAUUUUAUGCCGAAGUAAACAAAUUAAUGCAAAGAUAAAAUGGCACUCGAAAGUGAAAUUGGAGACAUCAAUUGGAGUGAACCAUUCGAUUGCGCAACAACGGCCCAAAAUAUCAAAACAGAAGAAUCUGAAUGUCCACCCAUACCGGAUGAUUGCAUUAAACGAUUGCUCGACUCUUUCGGGCAUUCCCAGUUCAGAAAAAUGCAAUGGAAAAUCAUAUCUUCGAUUUUAUACGAUGCUCGCGACAACUGCGUCAUAAUGGCUACUGGCUAUGGAAAAUCGCUUUGCUUUCAAUUCCCUUCGGUCUAUCGCGACACUAUAACCAUUGUUGUGUCGCCUCUUAUAUCUCUUAUGCAGGAUCAAGUUACUGCAAUGUGUUUCUACAAUUUGAAAGCUUGCUUCCUGGGCUCGGCACAAUCUAACCGAGACACUGUUUACGAAGUUAUCGAUCGCCAAUACAACAUCGUUUAUGUCACUCCUGAGUAUAUAACAUCGGAAAGUGGUGCCUUUCUUAUUGGACGCAUUAAACAAGAUCUCUCGCUAAUAGCCAUUGAUGAGGCGCAUUGCAUAAGUAAGUGGGGGCAUGACUUUCGAAGUGCCUACCGAAAUCUCAGCUGUUUGAGGGAUUGGUGUCCCAAUGUUCCUAUUCUUGCUAUGACUGCCACUGCCACAAACAAGGUCCGAGAUGAUAUCAUCCAAAAUCUUCGUCUUAAGAACCCACAGAUUAUUUCCACAGGUUUUGACAGACCGAAUUUAGAGUUCAUAGUGCAGCCCAAGACAGACGUUUGGAGCGACAUCGGUAAACAUAUACAAAACAUCAAAAUCGGAUCAAUCAUCGUCUAUUGCAUAACACGGCGAAUAACUGAAGAAGUUGCCGCCGUUAUUGCUGCACAUGGUCAUCUCUGUGGUGUGUAUCAUGCAGGAUUGUCCCUCAAGAAACGUCAAGCCACCCACGAUGAAUUUAUUCACGAUCGCAUUCGUGUGGUGGUUGCGACUUUAGCAUUUGGUAUGGGCAUCAAUAAACCAGAUGUGCGUCUCAUCAUCCACUAUGGCGUAUCGAAAGACAUAGAAGGCUAUUACCAGGAGGUAGGCAGAGCGGGUCGUGAUGGCUUGCCGGCGAAAUGUCUACUCUUCCAUCGACCGAAAGACUGGACGCUUCAUCGGAUGAUUCGCCAAAAGAGUAAUCCAAAUACCUCCAUCGAGCAAAUGGAGAAACUGAUGAAAGCCAUCCGACAGUAUGUUGAAACAAAGGAAUGUCGCCGAAGCUUCAUUCUAAACUACUUUGGAGAGGACUGCAAGAAAUUAUGUAAGCGUGUGGAUUGCUGUGAUAAUUGUAGUCGAACCAUUUCCGGUCCAGCGCCAUCAAUCAACCUCUACAGCAAGUACCAAGGCCUUGAUGUGGACGGCCGUUUGGAUAUCACCGAAGAAUCUAAACUACUCCUCCAACUUCUCCAAGACAUGAAAUCCCGCUUUGGUCUACGAAAAGCUAUUCUCGUGCUUCGCGGAUCAAAAAGCAAAGACGUUCCCAGUGCUUACAACACGCAUUUGACGUUUGGAAAACUUAAACAUCGACCCGAAAAGUGGAUCCAAGCUGUCGCCAAUAGUCUGGUCGAGAUAAACAUGUUGACCAUGGAAGAAACUCAUGAAGCUAGAUUCAGCUACACCCGGUGUUUGCUGACGAAUAAGGGAAAAGUUUGGCUUAGCGGUAUAGUAGAACAGUCACCAAUUAAAAUUGUGCCUAGUGAUGAGUUCAUAAAACUACUCAAUCCAAGAGUUGUUAGUGCCCCAAAAAUCAUGUUUCCACUUUUUGGAAUUAAAAAAGAAGAAUCUUUAACUUCCGCCACCAAACCAUCAAUUUCUUCAAAUCCAACUCCGUCGAUCUCCUUACCAAACAAUGUAAAAUUAUCAUCGCCAUCAUCAGCUAAAUCGGAUAUAUUCCGUCCACUGCUUAAAGUCCGAUCAAAAUUGGCCAGUUUAUUUGAUGCUAUGCCAUAUUUGGUGGCCUCAACUAAAGCUCUCGAGCAAUUGGCUAAAAUUCAGCCAACAACAAUGGAAGAAUUAAGAACUAUUCGAUUGGAUGGUUAUUCGGAGGAGAAGACUCAACGUUUUGGUCCGGUAUUUCUGAAAGUCAUCAAAGAUCAUCAGGCUAAGUUCAAAAAGAAAACCAAUGGAGAAACCGAGACUGUAAAAGAAGAACCAGAAAAUGAGGACCGACAAGUGAUCAAAAUAAAACAGGAAGUGGCUGAAAAAGUUCCCAAGAAUAAUUUGCCUUCCAACGCUGAGAAGGAAUCUACGUCUCUGAGUGCCACUCAAGAUUCGAUUGAAAUUAUCGAACCGCAAGAGGCACCAGUCAUCGAAAUAGAAUCUGAAAUCGAAAAUGCCGUCUUCGACGGUUGGGAUUCAGAUGAUUUAGAAUUGACUCAAGUUGGAAAUAAAAUUGAAGAACAGCUCAAUGCCAGCAGCACCAAUAAAACCUCCCCUACAACAACAACUGAAAAUCCCGAUCUUGAUUUAUUGAUUGAUGCCCUUGAGUCUGAAGAUUUAUGUCAAAAGAAGUCCGAACUCCCAAAAAAAUCACGUACUAUUGUCAAAAAACCCAUCAACACACUAGAAUAUGAAUCCGAUUCAGGAUCGGAUAUAUUCGACGCAGAUUGGGAUUUAGAAAUCGAUGAAUCUGAUUUGAAUACAAUUUCUCAACAAGUCGAAGAGAAAUUCAAAUGUGAUUCGACAAAUCUAACUGCCACAACAUCGUCUACAUCUUCUAAUGGUUUUAUAGAAAUUAAGCCAGUUAAAGUAGAACUACAAUCUUGUGAUAGUGAAUCAUCAAUGGUGAAACCAGAAAAACCAAGAAAACCACGCAUUAUAGAAAAAAAGGUUAUCAAUGCUUUCGAAUUCGAAUCUGAUUCAGAAUCCGAAACAGAAACAAAACCUAUAACUUCUCCGAAAAAAAGAAUUCUACCCAGUUGGAUGCAAACUUCUCAAAAAAGAAAGAGGUGAUUCUUUGAGCACAGUUUUGUUAUUUUUCUAUUUUUUUAUAUAAUUAGUGGUAAUAAAAUGUAUUAAGUUUUAAAUUAUUCUGUA